CAAAAGUGGAAGAUAAAUCACAUUCAGGCUUUUCCUAUGACACGGUCACAUCCGUCCUGGCAAUUUAGAAGAAGACACUCGGUCAAUUAGAGUCAGUCUGAAAUGGCAUCUACACUUGCCGCUGUGCUCUUUCUUCCCCUCAUCCUGGCCAUUGACAACGAGUUUCAGGUGAAGCAGUCUAGAAGGAUUGGGAUCAGCCCCAACGGCUCGGUUACAAUUGUAUGUGAAUGCAGCAAGAAUGACACCAAAGACUGGAAGCUGGAGAUGAAGCUGGAGAAGGAAAGCGACAGUGAAUGGUUCUGCAUGGCUUCAGAGCACGGGACCUCAAAAGAAAACUGUAUUGUGAAGCAGAAGGACUGGAAAAGGGUAGAAUUCACCCUCACCAAUUUGGAAUCAGACCACUUUGACAUUUACAUUUGUAAGUUCACCAGGGAGAAGCCAGUUCCCAUCGUUGAAAAGCAAGGGACAGGAACCAUAGUGUACCCAGGGUCUCACUGUACAGAAUCCAGCCUGCUGACAUGGAUUCUGAUUGGAGUGGCAGCAUUAUUCUGUGUCUGCAGCUUGUCUCUCACCUGUGCCUACAUAAUGUUGAAGAGGGAGAUGGGAGACCCAGAUGGCAAUGCAGAGUAUGUGGACAUGCGCAAAGUGCGGCCGGUUGGUAGAGGCUCUUCAAGAGACGUGAACUACAAUUCCCACCAAGUUCAUGGCUCCUUCUUCGUGGGUCAGUGAAGACAGACCCCAGCAGAGUACAUUCUAGUAGCACGCUGAGGGCCAGAGGCCAGGGGUCAUUCCUGCUCUCUCCUAUGACAGGAGGAGUGUGUUGUUUCUCCGAAGCGCACUGAAAACACAAAGUUAGGUUUACUUAAGAGUCACAUGUCUGCAUCCAUGUCCCUUUCUCUUA